AUGAAGGCUGCGAUGAGAAGCCAGCGUUAUAACGUUGCCAAUAUGGUUGAUUUCCCUGCAUAUGUUGAUGGUGAGCCCCCUGUGAUCUCGCUUCAGCAGUUUGAUACUGCGGAGUGGGCGAAGAACGCAGCUGUUGAUUCUACAGAGCAUGGGUACUUUGCUGUGGAGAUGGACAACGCUGAACAUGUCAUUUGUAAGUUUGACGAUGAGAGUGCAAAGGCCCUGGAUGAAAUCUUCCAUAGCGCAAAGCAGCAGUUCAUUCAGGAGAGUGUUAUUCCGGAUUUGCAGGCAAAGGUUGAUUCGAAGGCAACUAAGGAAGGUUCAGAUGAAAAGGACUAA